UGUCCCUUUGCAGCGGUGCAGGAAGAGAGGCAGAGGGGCAAGGACCGCAACGAGAACGAGGUGGAGUCCACAAGUAGCGCCAACGAGGACAUGCCUGUGGAAAAGAUCCUGGAAGCGGAACUCGCCGUGGAGCCAAAGACAGAGACGUACAUUGAAGCCAACAUGGGCUUGACGCCUAGCUCGCCCAAUGACCCGGUGACAAACAUAUGCCAGGCAGCGGACAAGCAGCUCUUCACACUGGUGGAAUGGGCCAAGAGGAUCCCCCACUUCUCCGAGCUGCCCUUGGAUGACCAGGUCAUCCUGCUCCGAGCAGGCUGGAAUGAGCUCCUAAUCGCCUCCUUCUCCCACCGCUCCAUAGCCGUGAAGGACGGGAUCCUCUUAGCCACCGGCCUCCACGUGCAUCGGAACAGCGCCCACAGCGCUGGCGUCGGGGCCAUUUUUGACAGAGUACUGACAGAACUCGUGUCGAAAAUGCGAGACAUGCAGAUGGACAAGACAGAGCUGGGCUGCCUGCGAGCCAUCGUGCUCUUCAACCCCGACUCUAAAGGUCUCUCCAACCCGGCCGAGGUCGAGGCGCUGCGGGAGAAGGUGUACGCGUCGCUAGAGGCCUACUGCAAACACAAAUACCCCGACCAGCCCGGCAGGUUUGCCAAGCUCUUGCUCCGGCUCCCUGCGCUGCGGUCCAUCGGGCUCAAAUGCCUGGAGCACCUCUUCUUCUUCAAGCUAAUAGGCGACACGCCGAUCGACACCUUCUUGAUGGAGAUGCUGGAAGCGCCUCACCAAAUGACUUAGAGAACUGGCCCUGGGUCAGUCCCUACCACUUGGCUGG